GUCGUUUGUUCCCAAGAAGACAAGAAGCAAGAUACUUUGAAGUCGAAGAAAAGAUGGCUCGUACAAAGCAAACCGCUCGUAAGUCAACUGGUGGAAAAGCACCAAGAAAGACCUUGGCUACGAAAGCAGCUCGUAAGAGUGCCCCAGCUACUGGUGGUGUGAAGAAACCUCACAGAUACAGGCCAGGAACCGUCGCUCUCCGAGAAAUCCGUCGCUAUCAGAAAUCAACCGAACUUCUGAUCCGCAAGCUGCCUUUCCAACGUCUGGUUCGUGAGAUUGCUCAAGAUUUCAAGACCGAUCUUCGUUUCCAAAGUUCGGCUGUGAUGGCUUUACAAGAAGCAAGCGAAGCAUACCUCGUCGGUCUGUUUGAAGACACGAACUUGUGCGCUAUCCACGCCAAGCGAGUGACCAUUAUGCCCAAAGACAUCCAACUGGCGCGACGAAUCCGUGGUGAACGAGCUUAAAUCAAGUCCAAACAAGAAAUACAACAAAAACCGGCUCUUUCAAGAGCCACCAAAUUCACUAAAAGAAGCGAACGAAUUCGAUAUUACAAUUAUUUUAGAGGUGUUGUUGAUGUAUAUGUCUGCCAGCCUAUCCAGCGUUUAGAGCGAAGUCCGAGUCCACUUGUAGCAAGUCUAAGACUCGUGGUCUAAGCGAUGCCCGACGGAUGGCGAGCUACAUUUUCCUUUUGUCGUUAGAUGAUCGAAAUCGAACUAAACUAAUGGCGGCGAUUGACGUUGAUAACUAUACUGAAUUCAAUACUUAUCGCAUCGGUUAUUUUAGACUUCAUAGUGAGCAGCGCUCUAUAUUCGCCACAAUCCGAUUUACAAUUAAUCUCUGUAUACUGACAAAAUGUAUUGGGUAUGUAUAACAAACAACCCCCCACCCCCCAAAAAACAAAAAAAAAUACCUAUUUGAUUAGCCGCAUGUGCUACAGUCAAAUAUGGUUAAAAUGCUAAGCACAGACCGUUAGAAAAGACACUAUAUGUUCACGGCUCGCUCGCUAGCAAUUUGAAACCCUUGCUCUAGCUAGUCCUUCAACGCAGUCAGAACAAUGCCAAUAUCAUAACGAUGUUUAUUGUCAAUAUGUUUCGCUAUAAUUUACAAGAUACUGUGUAUCAAAUUGUAUAAUUCGCUUUUAAUAUUGUGUAUAGGCAGGGCUUUGUGGCUUUACAUAGUCGUGUCUACUACCGGCCUAAAUUUUGACAGUGUAAACAGACCUUGGCCUAACCAACUGUAGGCCAGGAAAUCUGGGCUCGCUACAACCGGUGGCCUAGGCUUGUGGAAAUGUAAACACUUUCGGACUUGAGGUAUCUGGAUUUAUGUUUUAGCAGUAGGCCAGUAAGAUUGUGUCGUUCUGGUUAUUACGCGGCUAUAACUGUAUUGUUUACAAGAAUGAAACGAGAAACCGUAUAAAUGAUCCUUAAUUUAAUUCUGGUUUGAAUUUUGUGUCGGUUAUUUUACAUAAUAAAGCAGCAUUAAAAACAAAAUAAAUUAAACGUUGGAGUACAUAAAACCGUCGUACUAUUUUAUCCGCAUCAGAACGUGAAAUCGUGAAAAAUAGAAGCCACUGAUACAAUUUUGUAAUAAAUACGCAGGUAAUCAAAGCCGAAAUAGCCUUAAUUUAAGCAAAAUGUUUAUAUCCCAAGCCCAAGGGACAAUUUGUAGCGACUGACAAUUCGCAAUGCAACUUUUUUAUAAAUGAAUUGCUUGGCUGUCUUGUGGAACGUCUGCAAUGGUUACACCAAGUAUGGUUUCAAUAUGGUCGUAAAAAUAGAGUCCCGAUCUUUCUCAAUGGCCAAUCUAUAAUCACUUCAGUACCUGUAAUCCACAUAUAAAUCAUAAGUAUUCUCUAUAGUUAAUAUAAUCACUUGUAAAUCAUAAGUAUAGUAUUCUCUGUAGUUGAUAAUACUAGGGUACCUGCAAGGUAUGGAUUGCUGCGGGCAUUAAAAGCAAAUAGAACUACAGUAAACAGCACAAAUUAUAUCAAGCACAGUGAUUACUCGCAGCCGUGCUCGCAGCGACUAAGUGCCGCUGUGAAUGGAACUGAGAAGAAGCAAUAUAUAUUGAAGUAGCACAGACCAGGGGUUAAAGGGCAAUCGGAGGUGACAGAUAUUAAACAUGUGCGUCUCAUUGACAUACAG